ACGUGGCAGUCGCUUGCGUUACUUGCGAGGACAAGAGCAGUGACUCAAAUUCUGGGAUUUGACUGUUAGUUGGUUUCUUCGGCUUUCCCACUAUAGGUAACUGCUUUUUUCCCAGCAGCCAAACAGGCAAGCAAAAUCAAUGGUCAAUUAUCUAGGCUUCUCUUUUAUAGUAUUGUGGACAUGAAAGAGAGGAAUACUACUUCGACACUCAAGCGCAUUUUAGUGAACUGUGCUGCCCAGGCAAAAGAGUAUGGGGGAUGUGUUGCUGCAAAGGUUCCAGAAAUUGAGCGUGAUAUUUGCCUGAAAGAAUUUCUUGCAUUGAAGAAUUGCAUGCAGAAUACGCUUCGUGGAAAGGUUUAGGCACUCAUCUUUUAAUAAUUUAGGCAUCUACUGAAGCAAGCAGUUUUAAACACUCAGUGUGGUGGAAAUACAGCAAUAACAGUUGCAUCCAAAAACCCAAAAAAGGACGCAACACUUUCUUGGGGAUGUGUUAGUGAAGCAUAUAGCUCUGGCUUAGGUUUUGCGCACUUCAAUACUUGCCAGAUACUAUCUUAUUUUGUUCUCAAGUUUGGGAAGCAAAAAAGUAUGUCUGGGAAAGCAUCGAGUUCACAGCAUACUGUUAGUUUUAGUGGGUCUGGUGGUCUGUCGCAUGUUUAUGUUCAAUAUCCGCCUCUACAAUGUAGAAUUCCAGGAUCAAGGGGUUUAUACUAUGAUGAUGGGAGUAAGUUGCUGCUUGCCCCAACAUCUAAUCAGGUGUUUUCUUGGAAAACUGUUCCCUUUGAUCCACAUGUUGCGCCUGUAUCCGAUACAAUAAGUGAAGGUCCCAUCUUAUCUAUUCGAUAUUCUUUAGAUGCAAAGUUCAUAGCAAUCCAACGAUCUAGUCAAGAGCUACAGAUUUGGCAUAGAGAAUCUGGGGGAACCUUCAGUCACAAGUGUAGGUCAGAGUCAGAGAGUAUACUGGGAUUCUUUUGGACUGAUUGUCCACUUUGUGAUUUUGUACUUGUGAAAACAAGUGGGCUCGAUUUGCUUACCUGUGAUUAUGAGUCAAAAUUGCUUGACUUGGUGGAGACAAGGAGAUUGAAUGUCAGUUGGUAUGUCUAUACACAUGAGAGUCGUUUGGUUCUUCUUGCUUCAGGAAUGCAAUGCAAGACAUUCACUGGAUUUCAGCUCUCAUCUGCUGGAGUUGUUCGCUUGCCAAGGUUUGAGAUGGCAAUGGCCAAACCUGAGGCUAACAAUAAGCCUGUCCUGGCUGCGGAAGAUAUCUAUAUUGUGACUGUUUAUGGGAGAAUAUAUUGCAUGCAAAUUGACAGAGUAGCAAUGCUGCUACACUCAUAUAGAUUUUAUCGUGAUGCUGUUGUACAACAGGGUUCCUUGCCAAUUUAUUCUAGCAAGAUUGCAGUUAGUGUAGUUGAUAAUGUACUGCUUGUUCAUCAAGUCGACGCAAAAGUUGUUAUAAUCUAUGACAUAUUUGCUGAUUCUCGAGCACCCAUCUCUGCUCCACUUCCACUACUGUUUAGAGGUUUCCCUAGGUCCAAUUCUUCUUCCUCUCGGUUUAGUGGUGAUGAAAGUGCAGAGGCCAACAUAGGUGAUCAUGAAGCAAUCAUUUAUGGAGAUAACUGGACAUUUCUUGUUCCUGACCUUGUAUGCGAUAUUGCUAACAAUUUGUUGUGGAAGAUCCAUCUAGACUUAGAGGCAAUUUCUGCAAGUAGCUCUGAAGUUCCUUCAGUGCUAGAGUUCCUGCAGCGACGGAAGUUGGAAGCUAAUAAGGCUAAACAGCUGUGCCUGGCAAUAUUACGUACUGUCAUCUUGGAAAGGAGACCAGUGUCCAUGGUUGCCAGGGCAAUAGAUGUACUUGUUAGCAACUAUUCCCACUCAAUCAAAACGGGCAGCUAUCUUAAGGGAAUAAAAGUGGAGAAGACUUCAGUUUCCAGUGGGGAACAUGUAAGUAGUCCCAGGUCCACUGCCAAUAUAUCUGCAAGUGGGAUUGAUACACUUGGAAAAUCAUAUGAACAUGAAUCUGGUACCAGAGUUGAGAAAGAAUCCUUCAACAGAUCUUCAAAUAUUUCCACUUCAGACUCUGAAGAUGGCACACAUUUUGAAUCCUUAAAGACCACCACAAGAAGUCUUCAAAAGGUGGACAAGGUUAACAUAUUGAUUACUGAAAGUGUUAGCAGUGAAGUUCAGCCAUCGUCUUCUCAGAAUCAGCGUCCUGGACUUGGUAACAACCCACUAAAUGCUAGUAUUUCCGAGCGGCAGGAACUGCUACUUACUUCACCGGCAAUUUCACCUGAUGAGAUGUAUAGCUUUGUGUUUGCUCCAGUCGAGGAAGAGAUGGUGGGAGAACCAUCUUACUUGGUUUCCGUCAUUGUUGAAUUCCUUCGCAGCACAAAUUUGGAAAAGAUUAAGGUUCAUCCCAACCUCUAUGUGCUGACUAUACAGCUUCUAGCGCGCAAUGAGCGGUAUACAGAACUCACAUUGUUCAUCGUAAACAAGGUUCUUGAGCCCUCAAAAGAAGUAGCAAUGCAACUCCUAGAGUCAGGUCGACAAAAUUUCCAAAUCAGGAAGUUGGGUCUGGAUAUGGUGAGACAUCUCUCCUUUCAUCAUGAUUAUGUGGUGCUACUCGUGCAAGAUGGGUACUACCUUGAAGCAUUGCGCUAUGCAAGGAAGCACAAGGUCAAUACUGUCCGGCCUUCAAUGUUUCUUGAAGCAGCUUUAGCCUCCAAUGAUUCACAACAUCUUGCUGCAGUUCUGAGAUUCUUUUCAGACUUCAUUCCUGGAUUUAGAGACACAUCGGAUCACCAUACCUACCACCGCAUUCUUAGCGAGAUGAACUCAGCCAUUGCUACUUGAAUGUCAAUGAUUAUGGUUUUUUAGUAUAAAAACCAACAUUAUCUAGCUAGAGAGAGAGAAGAGAUGCAUCUAUAUUUAUUCCCCUGGUUGACGGCUGAUUGUAUUUCUGUUGAUGUUUCAAACGUGUGAGACCAGAAGAAAGAUUAGUGAAGUGUUGUGGGAAUGAUGAGUGGAUAGAUAUUUACAGACGGCAAUGAAGUGUGGAUAAACAUAGAAUUUUUAUUGAUCGACUGUAGAAUAGUUGUCAA